AUGUCGUCUGAAGUUGCCGCGACGCAGCAGCCAGCCACGAGCCAGGCUGCUCCAUCGGAAGCUGCCGCUGCCGCGCCCCCCGCUCCGGCCCCGAGCAAGCCGGCAGAUGUGGCUGCUGACGACAAGGAGAAGAGCGCCAAGGAAGAGAAGGAAAAGUCCAAGGGAAGCGGCCAGGUGAACACCUCGCUGUACGUUGGUGAGUUGGACCAGAAUGUGAACGAGGCGAUCCUGUUUGAGAUUUUCAACAUGGUCGGUGCUGUGAGCAGCAUCCGUGUGUGCCGUGAUGCCGUGACUCGUCGCUCGCUGGGCUAUGCCUACGUGAACUUUUUGAACGCGGAGGACAGUGAGCGUGCUUUGGAGCAGCUCAACUACACGCCGAUCCGCGGUCGUCCUUGCCGCAUUAUGUGGUCGCAGCGUGACCCGGGCCAGCGCCGUGCGGGCCAGGGCAACAUCUUUAUCAAAAACCUGGAUGAGGCGAUUGACAACAAGGCGCUGCACGACACCUUCCUGGCGUUUGGCAAGAUCCUGUCGUGCAAGGUGGCGUCGAACGAGCAUGGCAGCCUGGGCUACGGUUUCGUGCACUACGAGUCGAACGACGCCGCCGAGGAGGCGAUCAAGCACGUGAACGGCAUGCUUCUGAACGGCAAGAAGGUGUACGUGGGUCAUCACAUCUCGAAGAAGGACCGUCAGGCCAAGAUUGAGGAGGCGCGUGCGCAGUACACGAACGUGUACGUGAAGAACCUCGACCCGGCGGUGACGCAGGAGGAGUUUGAGAAGCUGUUUGAAAAGUACGGCAAGAUUACGUCGGUGGCGUUGGCCACGGACCAGGAGGGCAAGAGCCGUGGCUUUGGCUUUGUCAACUUUGCCGAGCACGAGCAGGCUGCGAAGGCUGUGGCGGAGCUCAACGACACCGAGUUCCACGGCCAGAAGCUGUUCCUCGGCCGCGCCCAGAAGAAGGCGGAGCGUGAGGAGGAGCUGCGUCGUGCGUACGAGGCGGCCAAGAACGAGAAGCUCUCCAAGUACCAGGGCGUGAACUUGUACAUCAAGAACCUGCCCGAGGAAUUUGACGAUGAGCGACUGCAAGAGGAGUUUGCGCCGUUCGGCACGACGACGUCGGCCAAGGUGAUGCGCACGCCCACGGGCGCCUCGCGUGGCUUCGGCUUUGUGUGCUACUCGGCGCCCGAGGAGGCCAACAAGGCUGUGGCCGAGAUGAACGGCAAGAUGAUCGAGAACCGUCCGCUGUACGUCGCGCUCGCUCAGCGCAAGGACGUGCGCCACCAGCAGCUGGCUGCGCAGAUGAUGCAGCAGAACCAGCUGCGCAUGCAGCAGCAGCAGGCCGCCGCUGCCGCUGCUGCGCAGAUGUACCCAGGUGCGCCGGGCAUGUACUACCCGCAGCCGCCUGGCGCGGCCCCCGUCGUGGGCCUGAACCAGUUCCCUGGACAGGUGCGUCCGCCGUACGCGCCCGGCAUGAUGCAGGGCAUGCCGCCGAUGGCACCGGGCCAGGCGCCGUACGCGCCCGGCCAGUUCCCGCCGCCCGGUGGCAUGUUCCCGCAGGGCUACCGCCCGCCGCGUCCCCCGCGUGGUGGCGCUGCGCCGCCGCCCGCCGGUGCGCUGCCCGCUGGUGUGCCCGCUGGCGCGCCGCGUGGUGGCAAUGCGCCCGCUGCGCCUGCGCAGCCCGAGGUGCUGACGGCCGCGGCGCUGGCCAACGCGUCGCCGGAAGAGCAGAAGCAGAUGCUGGGUGAGGCGAUCUACCCCAAGAUUGCCGCAUCGCAGCCGCAGCUCGCUGGUAAGCUCACGGGUAUGAUUCUGGAGCUGCCGGUCGGCGAGCUGCUGCACCUGCUCGAGGACGACGAGGCGCUGGCGAGCAAGGUGGACGAGGCCCUUACCGUGCUGCGUGAGUACGAGACGCGCGAGGGUACGCAGGCCCCGAACUAG